CCAAAAGGGACCUUAUUUGAAUGUUCCUUGUCUGCACGCGAAUUCCACAGCAGACCUCCACACGGGCACGUACGCUCAUGCCGCACGGUGCUCGACCGUGACCACCAUUCACAAUUGAAGGGUGAAAUAAGAACGGCCAGAGGAGGCAACGAAGCAGCCUUCAAUUGGGCGCAGACCUCAAAAAGAAGACCAUACGCCGGUGACACAUCUACAGCGUGAAGACGGAGUAGCACUGAUCACCAUAUCAAACAACAAGAACCGCAGGGACGUAAAGAUCAGCUGCUCUCCUCAUUCAUUCCUUUGCAUACCACGAUGAUGGCUGGCGGGGACGAGAAUUGGGCACUGAUCAUCGUCGAUGUUCAGAAUGACUUUAUGGAAGGAGGUGCACUGCAGGUAUCACAAGCGUCGACCAUUCUCGAUCCCAUCGACGAGCUGUUGAAUGCGCCUCGAAUCAGACUGGUAGCAGCGACGCAAGAUACGCAUCCGCCUGCGCACCUCUCCUUUGCCUCGACGCACUCCAAGCCACCUUUCACAAGGCACAAUGUCCCGCAUCCUUGCUUGCCAAGUGAGCACAUUGAGCAGAUGCUCUGGCCCGAUCACUGCGUGCGAGGCACAGAGGGCUCCCAGUUUCAUCCUCGCAUCCAGCAAGCUCUAAAGCGACGCGCGGACGCUCACAUCAUACCAAAAGGCACAAACAUCAAAGUGGACGGCUACUCUGGGUUUGCCGACAACGCGUAUCUCUCCUUCACUGAGCUUCCUCGUCUACUCUUUGAGAAUCGCAUCACACGAGUGGUGGUGGUGGGAUUAGCGACGGACUACUGCGUCAAGGCGACGGCCAUAGAUGCUGCCAAGUUUGGUCUCAAGCCCGUCGUCGUUAGGCAAGCGACAAGAGGUGUGGAUGAGCAAGAUUCCCAGCAAGCUUUGAGGGAGAUGAGCCAGUACGGAGCAGAGAUCGUCCACUCGGCGAAAGAUGUCAUCGCACUGAUGGCAUAGCGUCAUAGUAUCCAAUCUCGACAUCGAGCUCCUCGAAAUCGCCGCCUCUCAGGGGCCAAAGGAGUCAGCGGCAGAGCUCAGUCAGCAUGCCUUGCACACAACGCUCGCACCCGUCUCGCGCACGUAUGGCUGAGAGGUGAGCCACCAGAAGCGCGCCAGAGUCUUGACGCCUCGACUGGGACACCCAGUUUGAACGGCUCCUCUGCAUCGUUGCUGCACAAAUCUCGAACGCGCCUGAACUUUGAGCUGCGGAACGACCGCUCAUACUGUUUCUGCUCCUACAUGAGAAAGCGUGCAUCUAUUGUAUUUGCGCGGCAUGUAUGCUAUCCCUGAGCAAUACAUGCGCCGAAGAUGGAGAGCGGCGCACUGAUAGCAC